AUGCCGCUGUCACUGGUUGCCAGAAGGCGCCUUGCGCAUUUCUUUGCUGCCGUUGCGGAAUGCGAAGAGCAGGUUGAUAAGCUACGCGUGGCUCUCACUCGCCGGCCAGGCUUCGCAGCUUACAAAGCAUUUGCCUCAUUAGACUCACUAGGCAAUGGCUUUCUCACGAGUGGAGAUCUGCAAAGGUACCUGAAGCAUCAUGGGGCUUUGGUGAGGGAGCCUGAGGUAUUCAGCCUCUUUAGGCGCCUAGACACUGAUUCAGAUGGAAAGGUUUCUUUUUCGGAAGACUGCGACGGCCGGCUGAACUACCUUGAGUUCGUAGAGGCCGUGAUGCCUUCAAACUGUACUGGUCCCUGCACCUCACUCAGUCCCAUCUGCACGGAAGCUCUAAGAAACAUGCGCUGGUUACACACAUCAGCACACCACUGCUGUCCAUGCUCGCUGUUCCACAGCGCAAGCAGCAGCAGGCUGGCGAGUCGUAAGAAGGGCAGCGCGAUAGCCAAGCGCAGUACAAGUUGCACAGAUGGAGAGCACACUUGGUAUUCUCCCAGAGCCUGUUCUUGCAGAUCUAAUAUGGGCGACUAUUCAUGUAGCGCUUGCGCUCCACUAGAACAUAAGGACAACACCCUGUUGUGCAGCAUGGGCAAUAAAAAACUCGGCAACUCUUCCGUGGCUAGCGGAUGCGAAGUUGCAGUGGCCUUGAAUUCACAGAUCAACACGGAGAGAAGACUGGAGUGCCUUCGAGAGAAGCUUGCACUCAAGUCUGAUUUCAAUAUCCUACAAUUUUGGGGACUUUUUGACACUGAGGGAAGAGGGUAUGCAACAGCUCCGCACAUAAAGGAUGCCUUGCAUUUUAUCGGGCUGCACGUAACUUUGACGCAAGCCCGUCUCUUUGCCGAGAAGCUAACAAGUGACUCCGAGCCACGCUUGAGGUACGCUGAUAUGGCCAAGGCUUUUCUUCCAACCAAAUCGAGGUACGCAAAAGCCAUGAUCAACCGUAUUAGCAAUGGCCAUCCCAAGUGCCCCGCACCCCUUGCACACCUGGCGCCGGAAACGCUCGAAAUCGUUGCCUCCAUAUUCGACCUAAUAGUCGCGUCUGAAGAACAGGCCGAGCUAUUGAGACAUCGCCUCUGCUUGAAAGAUCUUUCAUCUGCAUUCCGUGACCUUGACAAGAACGGAGACGGAUAUAUCACAGCAACGGAGUUUUCUGAAUUGCUAGUGGCCCACGGGUUUUACCCUUCGGAGGCGGAGCUUGACGCAUUAGUAAAUCAUUACGACAAAAACGGCGAUAAAAAGGUUUCGUAUGCAGAAUUUGUUAAUGAGAUAGGGAGGACAAGGUGUCCGAUGGGUUGUUGCCGGCUCAUUUGCCUCUGCUCGGAAACAAAGCUCCAUGAAUAA